AUGACGCCAACAAAGCGCGUCCACUCGUUGAGCGUCUCCGGUCCUACUCAUGACGAGAAGAGACAAAAGCGUUCCCUUGGUCUUCACUUUCGUCCGCUGGGUGAGCGACACGGGUAUCGGGGGCAUGCCAAACGGCCUGUGUCGUUCAGCCAGCGGAUGAAAGUGAAGACCAAGAGAACGCCUUUAUCUCUUCUCGUCAUUUUGACGCCUCGUUCGGUAACCCAGCAAAGGCAUUCCCCUCCGACUGGAGUUUCCUUUGGAGGAUGUGGAAGGUCGUACGACAAAGUCAGCAUGAUGGAAGACGCAAAGAAGAUUCGUGAAGGAUUGAUGCCUUUUGCCCCACCAGGCGUCAACGCGCUGGUUUUCCUACUUCCCGAAGUGACCCUGACCCCCCAGCCAGGAGCAAAUAUAUACCCCCAGCUAGGAAGCCAGUACGCAGCCUUUGAACAUCAGAUGCCCGCAACUACCCUGCUCACACAGCUGGCUACAUAUUCGGAAAUGAUCGCCCUCAGGUUCUAUGGGACCCGCAGGCCCAACAGGCACAGGCACAAGGAUGGAGUGUACCCAUGCCACAGAAUCAGUAUAGGCAUCAUCUGGCAAAUGAGCCUCACACCCGGGUUUGAACCGAUGUCCUCGUGGAGCUGGGAGUUCAACGACUGGGAGCUGAAGGGCACCUCCCGUCGUGACAUUGACGACAAGGACCAAGCUCCAGAGGAGACCGCUAUCUCAGACCUCAACGACGCCAUCCCAGCGCUCCUAGAGACCAUCCAGACCGACAUGACGUGGAGCUGUUCAAAAACACCAAAGGAAGCCUCGGAGAAAUGCUUGGAGGAGGUCGUACGCAUGAAGGCCCUCUUUGAGAAGAUGCGCUGCGAGAACUUCCCGGGAAACUGGAAGAAGAUCCUGGGUUUCCCCUGA